AUGCUGGCUGUCAGUGUGAGAGUCUGCUCAGCUGUCAGUUGUGAGAGUCUGCUGAGCUGUCAGUGUGAGAGUCUGCUGACUGUCAGUUGUGAGAGUCUGCUCAGCUGUCAGUGUGAGAGUCUGCUCAGCUGUCUCGGUCUGCUCAGACAAACACCACAUCCCCACCCCAACCUACUCCCAGACCACUUCUCCACCCCAACCUACUCCCAGACCACUUCUCCACCCCAACCUACUCCCAGACCACAGGACCACCGACCACAUCCCCACCCCAACCUACUCCCAGACCACAGCACCACCGACCACAUCCCCACCCCAACCUACUCCCAGACCACUUCUCCACCCCAACCUACUCCCAGACCACAGUACCACCAACCACUUCUCCACCCCAACCUACUCCCAGACCACUUCUCCACCCCAACCUACUCCCAGACCACAGUACCACCAACCACUUCUCCACCCCAACCUACUCCCAGACCACUUCUCCACCCCAACCUACUCCCAGACCACUUCUCCACUCCAACCUACUCCCAGACCACAGGACCACCAACCACUUCUCCACCCCAACCUACUCCCAGACCACAGUACCACCAACCACUUCUCCACCCCAACCUACUCCCAGACCACAGUACCACCAACCACUUCCCCACCCCAACCUACUCCCAGACCACAGUACCACCAACCACUUCCCCACCCCAACCUACUCCCAGACCACAUCCCCACCCCAACCUACUCCCAGACCACAGUACCACCGACCACAUCCCCACCCCAACCUACUCCCAGACCACUUCUCCACUCCAACCUACUCCCAGACCACAGUACCACCGACCACAUCCCCACCCCAACCUACUCCCAGACCACAUCCCCACCCCAACCUACUCCCAGACCACAGUACCACCGACCACAUCCCCACCCCAACCUACUCCCAGACCACAGUACCCCCAACCACUUCCCCACCCCAACCUACUCCCAGACCACAGUACCACCAACCACUUCUCCACCCCAACCUACUCCCAGACCACUUCUCCACCCCAACCUACUCCCAGACCACAGUACCACCGACCACAUCCCCACCCCAACCUACUCCCAGACCACAUCCCCACCCCCACCUACUCCCAGACCACAGUACCACCGACCACAUCCCCACCCCAACCUACUCCCAGACCACUUCUCCACCCCAACCUACUCCCAGACCACAGUACCACCGACCACAUCCCCACCCCAACCUACUCCCAGACCACAUCCCCACCCCAACCUACUCCCAGACCACAGGACCACCGACCACAUCCCCACCCCAACCUACUCCCAGACCACAGUACCCCCAACCACUUCCCCACCCCAACCUACUCCCAGACCACAGUAACACCAACCACUUCUCCACCCCAACCUACUCCCAGACCACUUCUCCACCCCAACCUACUCCCAGACCACAGUACCACCGACCACAUCCCCACCCCAACCUACUCCCAGACCACUUCUCCACCCCAACCUACUCCCAGACCACAGUACCCCACCGACCACAUCCCCACCCCAACCUACUCCAGACCACUUCUCCACCCAACUACUCCAGACCACAGUACCACCAACCACAUCUCCACCCCAACCUACUCCCAGACCACUUCUCCACCCCAACCUACUCCCAGACCACAGGACCACCGCCACAUCCCACACCCCAACCUACUUCCCAGACCACUUCUCCACCCCAACCUACUCCCAGACCACUUCUCCACUCCAACCUACUCCCAGACCACUUCUCCACUCCAACCUACUCCCAGACCACUUCUCCACUCCAACCUACUCCCAGACCACAGUACCACCAACCACAUCCCCAACCCAACCUACUCCCAGACCACUUCUCCACCCCAACCUACUCCCAGACCACA